AUGGGAUUCCUCGACGAACUCAAAUCGCGUAAUUUCUCUCUCUAUGCUCAAUGGCUUGGUGUCAUUUCGAUUGCUUUAUUGAUCGCUCUUGGCGUUGUUACAUUAACAAGCAAUCCCAUCUUUGCCAUCAUUGGAUGGGUGAUAGCUUUCAUUCUGUUCUUUGUGGAAGUACCUCUUUGUACAAAAUUUUGUCCCACCAGCCCUCGCUUUGAUAGUUUCAUUGCUCGAUUUGAGAAUGCUUACUUCCGUGGAGCCGUUUACAUCAUCUUUUCUGUCAUUAUGUUUUUAUCCACCAUCAUCAAUACAACCGUCUUGGUUGUGCCUGCUGUUACGUUAUUGCUCACAUUUAUAUCUUACGUGAUUGCAGCUCUCAAGAAGCAACCCUAUGCAAGUACCAAGAUUUUGGGUGGUACUGGUGUCGAUAAUGUUGUUUAG